AUGAAAAGGGGCAAACUGACCCCGAUUUCACAAAUUCUAAAGGGUUCCCGUGAUGACUGGAUAAAAUGGGCGCAAGAAGAUUUGUCUAAAUCUCUGCGAUCAGAAAUAAACAUCAACAAGGCCAAGAAUGUGAUUUUGUUUCUUGGUGAUGGAAUGGGUAUUUCUACCAUUACAGCAGCACGACUCUACCGAUCACAACUUCAGAAGGAGAAGAAUAUACGAGAAGGCGAUGCAGCCCUGGAAUUUGAAAAGUUUCCCUUUGUUGGAUUGUCUAAGACUUAUAACGCUAAUCGCCAGACUUCAGGUUCUGCCAGUACGGCCACAGCGCUACUGAGUGGAGUGAAGAUUAACCAAGGAACCAUUGGAGUGGACAACACCGUAGUACGACAUGACUGUUCUUCCCAAACAAAAGAAUCUCAGCUAACAUCCAUCUUAGAUUGGUCGAUGACUGAAGGAAAAUCUACUGGUAUAAUUUCCACAGCUCGGUUGUCUCACGCCUCUCCGGCAGCCACCUAUGGACAUACGGCCUCCAGGGCGUGGGAAGGAGAUGCUGAUAUGACAAAUGUUACUGGAAACUGUAAAGAUUUGUCGCUACAGCUGUUUGAAGAUAAUAAGAACAUUACGGUAAUUAUGGGAGGCGGAAGAAGAACUUUAUUACCCAAAGACUUCAUUGAUCCCCAAACGAACUCGGCGCAUAGUAAACAGAGGAUCGACGGUCGAAAUUUAAUUGAAGAAUGGAAAAAAGACAAACAAGAGCGAAGUAAGAGUCAUAGUUAUAUUACCAAUAAGAAACAGUUGAUGGAAGUCGACGCCUCGAAAACUGAUUAUCUCUUAGGUGUUUUUUCCGCGUCUCAUAUGGAUUAUGAAAUCGACCGAGACGACAGUGAUAUAGGACAACCCUCAUUAGCAGAAAUGACGCAAAAGGCCAUCCAAAUUCUGAAGAAAAAUGACAAUGGCUUCUUUCUCUUUGUUGAAGCUGCCAGAAUAGACCACGGCCAUCAUGCUACCAAAGCGAAGAAAGCGAUCCAUGAUGUCCUGUCGUUUGACGAUGCUGUAAAAGCUGGUAUGGACGAAACUGAUGCCGACGACACAUUAAUAGUAGUAACCGGAGAUCAUUCCCAUGUUUUCAACAUCGCUGGCUAUCCUGCCAUCGGAAAUGACAUUUUUGAAGAUAAAGAGUAUCAACAACCUGCUGCAGUUCCAGUAGUUGAUGAAACACAUGGCGGAGAAGAUGUCGCCAUUUUCGCCACAGGACCAAUGUCUCACCUAUUCCGUGGUGUUCACGAACAGAACUAUGUAGCUCAUGUCAUGGCCUAUGCCUCUUGUCUGCCGCAGCGCCACCAAGCGUAUCCGGGUCGUCAGGAAGAGUAG